UCGUACGAAGAAAGAGAGAAAACAGUCGAGAAGAAGAGGCAGGGCGAUAGCAAGCGAAGCAGAGAAACAAUGGUCAACUUCAACGCAGAGACACCAUCAAACGUGGUCCGCGUGCCACGCUGGACGCUCGCUCUUCAUGCCGUCCAGUUCGUCUUCGCCAUCAUCAUUCUAGGAUUGAGUGCGUAUGGGAUAUCAUACGUCCCUUACAAUGCCUUGAUCUUCAGCCUCGUCGUGUGCCUCUGUACACUCCUCGUAACAAUCUACCUCACAGUUUCUCAACUGUUCAUCCACAAGUUGUACCAAGGCGUAGUUGCUCUAGCCUUCCACAUUUGGAUGCUCAUCUUCUGGAUUGUGGACCUGGGCCUUGUAGCCAACCUCGCCAGCAUAUGGGCCAGUCCGUCAUGCUAUUCCUCGUACUCGUUUUACUCCGGCUAUAGCUCGAGCUGCUACUACAAGCGAGCGGAACUGGAGACCAGAGGAUUGGAGAAGAGGGACACGACUGUGGGAGCGUAUUACGGUUCUCUUGCUGCGGGUGCCGUAUUUGCUGGUGUUCAGCUUGUUACUUGGGCUGUCAGCGCAGUCAUCCUCUUCAUCCACUUCAACAGACAUCGCAACAACACCACCACCACCACCACCACACCAGCGACUACGAGCGCCCCUCCGCCACAGUACGCACCCGACACCAGCAACGUUGCUAAUAACGGUGCUGGUAUCCCCAUGGAGAAGUACAACUACCAACAACCCAACGCGGCAUACCCCCCACAACAGCAACAACAGCAGCAGCCCGGGUAUCCCCCUCAACAGCAACAGCAAUUCUCGUCUCCUUACGCACAAGAUCCCGUUCCUCGCCAAGAUACCGUAAGUCCCGUUUCUCAGUUCGGACAGGCAGGAGCACCGCCACCACAGCAUCCAAACGCGCCGGAACUGAGCUCUCCUCAGCAUACCGGUGGUGGUGCUGUGUAUCAACAGCAUCCGAAUGCUACCGAGUUGAACUCGCCCCAGCAACAUACCGGCGGCGCUGCAUAUCCCCAUAAUGUGUCUGAGCUAUCGACUCCGCCAGCGGUACAACAUCAGCAGCAGCAGCAGCGAUAUGCCGAUUUACCGGAGCUUUCAAGUUCCAAAUGA